CGCUGCCGCUGGAAAGCCCCUGCAGAGGCCCCUUGGCCUGUGGCCUGCUGUCUGCCGGGAAGCCUGCUGGAGCCAGACACUCCCCUUCCAUCACUUCCUCCCUGCCUCCCCGCCAGCUCUGCUGCCCUCCUCCAGCCCAGCCCUCCCGGCCCUCCUGCCCUGCCCAGCCUGGCCAAGGAGAGCAGGGGAGACAAGCACUACCCAGAGCCCAGCACGGCACCACCCGAGCGGCCUCCUCACAGGUGUCUGCGUUUCUGCCUCUGCACUUGGGGGACCAGCGAGGCAGCGGGUCGGUGGGGGGGUCCCCUAGCACCACACAGACCUUGUUCUCUGGGAAGGUGGCGGCCAAGAAGCGGGCCAUGGCUUCAGACGCGGGCCCCACCGCAGGUGGCGAGGCAGCCCCCGUGGCCCCCCAGCCCACCCACAUCGACGUGCACCUGCACCAGGAGUCGGGGGUGAAGCUCCUGCUGAGCAAGUGCUCCCUGCUGAGCCCCGGAGCCCCGGGCGCCCCCCGCCGCUCCCCGGCUGGCCGGCUGCUGGUGGCCUCAUGGGUGGUGCAGAUCGUGCUGGGGAUCCUGAGCGGGGUCCUGGGGGGGCUCCUCUACCUCGGCCACUACUCCUCAGUGCGUGACUCGGGAGCUGCCAUCUGGACAGGAGCCGUGGCCGUGCUGGCUGGAGCUGUCGCCUUCAUUUAUGAGAAACGGGGUGGCAUCUGUUGGGCCCUCCUGAGGACCCUGCUCGCCCUGGCGGCCUUCACCACGGCCAUCACCGCCAUUGCCAUCGGCUCUGCGAAUUUCCGAGACUACGUCUACUUCUACAGAGGGGACUUCUGCUACAGGGACUCCUGGAGGGGCUGGCCCACCGAGAGCCCCAGCACAGACAGCCCGGCGGAGGAGGAAAGGAUGCAGCUGUGUCGCUACUACGUGGCCAUGGGGAAGCUUUGGUCCCUUGUCCCAGGCCUUCUUCAUAAGCCUCGAGUCCAUGCUCUUGGGGGUGUGGGUUCUGCUGCUCCUGGCAUCUCUGACGCCCCUGUAUCUGCACUUCCAGAAGAGACGCUGCUCCAUAAAGGAGAAAGACCAGAAGAAACUGGUAGGAGAGAGUGGAAUCUAGCCUGCCUGUCCUGCAGGCCUGGCACGCCCUCUGCGCUGGGUGUCCCUGCAUCUGGCACCUGGAAGAAGAGAUGCUCCAAUAGUGCCCACCCCACGGCCACAGCCAUGGCCCAGCCCGCCCCCCCACCCUGGCACAGCAGCCGUGCCCACUUCUUGCUCACUGUCACCACCUGCUUGGGCUUCACGCCCCCUCUUGAGCGCCGAUGAUAAUAAACUCACGUGUCAUGGCUGGUCUUCCUGCUCAGUUAUUCCAGGGCCGUCUCUUGGCUGGGGCAGCAGCCAUGGGCCAAUUCGGGCCUAAGAUGCUGCCCCUGUGGCUUCCAAUCUCCAUCUGGGCCGGGAGUUGCUCAUCUUUGAUUCUUUGGCCUGGGACUGUCGUUCCAGACACCAGGGUUGGAAGAAUAAUGACGGCUAACACUCGGAGCCCGCUUCCUAUAACUUAGAUUUAAGAGGACAGAUAUUUUGACAAUUGAAUUGUUUUUUGGUUUGUCUAUUUAAUAGAUAACAUAAUUCUAAGAUGCAAUCAUCCUUUGAAAAGCAAGGUCUCUAACAAUAUACUGAAAUAGAAACCCUGAGUAAUUGUCUCAUGAAUAAAACACCUAAAACUUGUGAAGGUAUGAAGCUGUACUCCCAAAAUUGGUAAAAUGUGAAUCGUAUUUUUUAAUUCAUGAGUAAACUGUCAAGAAAAUGAGGGAAACCCUCAAAUUAGGAGUAGGAAUUCAGAGAGCUGAAUCUUGGAAGGAGUAUCUGGCUGUUGAGUCAUCCCAUGGCCACCCGGUGGUCACUGGCUCCACCGACCGGCCCACAGGACCCAGCAUAUCAUUGGGCUGGCCGCUAAGUUUCAUUACAGCAAAGGGGUAUGUAGCAGAAUCCACACAUAUCAGGUGGACUCUGGAGGAAUCCGUGCCAACUUCCUGUUCUCCCACGAGGAAGGGCCACAUGGUAACUGGUAACAUGAGUGCAGUGUUUGGGGCCUGGGAAGUCCAUUUAAGACUCAGAGCCCAGGGUUUUCAGGGGGGCUGGUCACGUGGGUGCCCCGUCUGCCUGAAGAAUGGCAGCAAAUCCAGAAGAAAAGCCGGCAUCCACCCACGUUGUUUGCACAAACAGUCCAGGCAAGCUGAUGCGGUGGAACUCAUACUCCAUGCGGAUGAAACAAGCUUAUCUGAGCAGGAAUAUUUCAAAAGCCUAACUCCAAGGAGACAGCCAAGGGCCUUGGAAAGGGCAGCAGACCUCUCCUGACUUACCCGCUGCUCCCCUCAGCAGUGUAUUUCAGUCAGUCUGCCUGUUCUGUUCCCCACUCUGUCUCUGGUGAAUCCUCUCACCCCCAACCUCUGGCCUGUACCCCAGCUCUUGUAUGCAUAAAUAAAUAAAUCUUUUUUAAAAAAGGGCUAUGAGAAACAAUAAAUGAACAUAGCAAAGUGGCAGUUUACAAAACCAGCAUUCAAAAAUCCGCAGCAUUUUUAUAUGCAAACAAGGAACAAGAAGCAAA